AUGAGCGCCCUUAAGGCUAAAGGUAGGAAAGUCUUUGAAAUUCCAAUUUGUACAAUUUGUUUGGAUCCGAUGAUAAAAGACCUUUGCGUUUUUACAGUUUGUGGCCAUGUGUUUCACUACAAUUGUGGUGUAAAUUGCCAUUAAAAUUCAAGAAAAUGCCCUAAUUGUCGUAUGAGAUCCACAGAAUUAUAGUCAUUACAUUAUGCUGUUGAGGAAAUAUCAGGAAUAGACGAAUAAAUGAGUUAACUAUUAAAUGAUUUGACCGUCGAUUAAAAAUAACAUAUGGCAAAAUUAUUGGCGGAUCACGAAGAAUUAUUGCAUGAGAAUUAAAGAAUAAAACAAAGAAAUAAAUUUGUUGAAGAAAAAAAUGAAUCUAUCUAGACUGAAGUUUAGCAUAUACAAGCAGAACUUAAACGCUGUUUGGAAAAGAAUAAGGAAUUGGAAGGCAAGGAGAAGCUAUAAUAGUCAAAACUAAAGACCCUUGAAGUUUGCUUUUAAUCAUUAGAAGAAGAAAAUAGAAAAUUAAAGUAAGAAAUUGAAAAAAACGACACACUUUUAAAAGGUUAUGACUAUUUGGAGAGUCUAGCAAAAGUAAUCAACAAUCCGAAUGAGGAUAUGUACUUGAAAUUAAUAAGAUAAAAAAGUCCUAGUGAAUAAGCUAAAUAGAUUUACGAUUUGUAUGUCAUAAAAAUGGGGUAAUUCAAGAAUGUGCAAAAAGAAGUGGUUCAAUUGUAAGAAUAAAAGGAAUAGCAACAAAAAAAAUACGAAUAGUUAUAAUAAAAAUAUGAAAGAAUGAAAGAUUUAUAUGAGGAAAUUCAGAAGGAGAAUCUAUCCAUCAAAGAACUUUCAAGAAGUCAGAAUCAAAAUCCUAUAUAGAAAAUUAUAGAGCAUUAUGAGGAUAAAUAGGAGAAUGAAUUCAAACGGAAACCUGUGAUGAUGCAAAAACCAGUCUCAUUCGGAUGCUCUUAAUUAAGAAAACAACCACUGAGUUAAAGUUUAUUGAAAAAAUGA